UUCUUGUCUCCAUAGCAGCAAGAUGUCGGAGGUAGAAAAUGCUUUCCGUAAAUUUGCGGUGUAUGGUGACACAUCUGCCAGUGGCAAUGACAUGACGGGGAAAAACUUCUCCAAGAUGUGCAAAGAGUGUGGGGUCAUGGAUGGGAAAGCCGUGACCAGCACUGACGUUGACAUCGUAUUCAACAAAGUCAAGACCAAGGGUGCCCGCACCAUCACCUUUGCUGAGUUCCAGCAGGCCAUGAAGGAGCUCUGCGGCAAGCGCUUCAAGGGCAAAUCACCGGAGGAAGCGUUGCAGGCUAUGUAUGGCCUCAUCGAGGGGAAGGAGCCCGGCAGCGUGGGCGCCACGAAAGCCACCAAAGUUGGUGGGGUCGAGAGGCUGACGGACACUAGCAAAUACACCGGCAGCCACAAAGAGCGUUUUGAUGAGAGUGGCAAAGGGAAAGGUCUUGCUGGCCGCCAGGAUCUGACAGACAACAGCGGCUAUGUUGGAGCCUACAAGGGAGCUGGCACAUACGACCAAACGCACUAG